GAAAUCGGAGGUGAGGACCGUAUUCUGAAUAAUUACCAUUUAUAAUAAAUAAUUAUAAGAAAGGAACAUAAAAGUACUUCAGCACUUAGAAAAAUGGCCUCUGCGUCAGAAGUAAACGACUUUACAUGCAAACAUUGUGGUCAUAUAAUUACUUCUUUAGAUGUUGUGCACGAACAUGUUGCUUUAUUGGGAAAGAAGUAUACAUGAACAACAAUUUAUUAUUUACAGAAACUGACAACGAAAAUAAUUCAUCAAAUAUUUUAUCAUCAGAAGAACUUUCACAAAAUCAAGAUCAAAACAUUAAUGAAAUAAAUAAAGAAGAGGCUUUGUGGACUAAAAAUAAAACUAUGGCACUUUUAUCACUAUAUGAAACAAAUAUGACACUGUCAGAUAAUCCUAGAAAAAAAACAAAAUUGUGGACUGCAAUUGCAGCGGGUUUAAACGAAUUAAAUAUUAAAGUAUCUGCCGAUCAAGUCAGAUGGAGAAUGAAUUAUCUCAUGAAAAAAUAUAAGGAAUGUAUUGAUAACAACUUAAAAUUUGGAAGAGGUACCAUGACUUUUGAAUUUUUUGAUCAAAUGGAAGACAUGUUUGGACACAAAAAAUCUGCUGCUGCUACAUACACAACAUCUAGUAUUUUAUUAUCAGAUACAAGUAAAAAUUCAAAUAUUGGAACGAAAAUUCAAUCAUCGAAAAAACAAAGGACUGAACAUUCUAAUUAUACUGCUAGUAUUUCUAAGAGCAGUUCAACAGGAAUUAAUUAUAAAAAUAAAGAAAAUGAAGACGCGAACAAGGAAUUAUUUCAUAAAGUAAAAUCACAAACUGAAAAUAAAAAAAGAAGUGACUUAGAAAAUGUCUAUUUGGAAUAUUUACAAAGUGAAGAGAAAAGACGUACCGAACAUAACGAUAAUAUAUUAAAAGCAAAGAAAGAGGCUUUAAAAUUAAAGAAACACUAUUUAGAAGUGCGUGAAAAAGAAUUAGAGAUGAAAAAAAUAUAGCAUUAAACAAAAUCAAAUUAAAAGAACGAAGACAU